GGAAGGCGCGGCGGUAUCCAGUCAAAGCCCGGCAUGGACGUUGAAGGGUUGUGAUUAGGUCGUGAUGAAAACCAAAAUGGCGUUUAGCUUGGACAGGACGAACGGGGGAUAGUUGGAGAAAACUGGUCAUUAGUAAGACGUAUUUGUGCUUGUUUCAGGACAAGUAAUUUAAAAAAAAAAAAAAAAAAAGUGGCAAAAAUUGUUGGGACUAUUUUGCGAAAAAAAAAAGGGAUAAGUGUAAGAGUUCGCUUGAGAAUUCGGUGUCGGAGCGCUGGGAUGGGGCUGAGAGAGAGCGCAGGCCGCAGAGGUGCAGCCACCCAGAGAGACUGACCCACUGGCGAACAAUAGAGCUUGUGCUCUAUCAGCUAAAGGCUUUCACACAGACAAGACUUACUCCUCUUUAACCGUGGCUCAAUAACCACCAGAAGCAGAACCAGAGCGUAUUUUUUUGAAGAAGCAAGCACGUACACACCAAGUGGCGGAAUGGCAAUGGAGGCCGGGGAUGAGUUUAUUCCGCCUCCAGAGUGUCCCGUGUUCGAGCCGUCGUGGGAGGAGUUUACAGAUCCACUCGGAUACAUUGCCAAGAUCCGUCCAAUUGCAGAAAAGUCUGGAAUAUGCAAGAUUCGCCCUCCACCAGACUGGCAGCCACCUUUUGCUGUGGAAGUGGACAAUUUCCGUUUUACACCCCGUAUCCAGAGGCUGAAUGAGCUAGAGGCUGAGACAAGAGUGAAGCUGAACUAUCUAGACCGAAUAGCCAAAUUCUGGGAGAUCCAGGGAUCUUCUCUCAAAAUCCCCAACAUAGAACGACGCAUUCUUGAUCUGUUCAGCUUGUCCAAGAUUGUCACAGAAGAAGGGGGCUUUGAGACGGUCAGCAAGGAGAGGAGAUGGGCUCGUGUAGCUCAGAAGCUCGGCUACCCGCCGGGCAAAAAUAUUGGCUCCCUCCUCCGGUCGCACUAUGAGAGGAUCGUCUAUCCUUUUGAGAUGUUUCACUCUGGUGCUAGCUUACUGCAAUGUAAGCCCAGGCCAUAUGAAAGUGAGGAUGUGGAUAAGGAGUACAAGCCCCACUCUAUUCCCCUCCGUCAGUCAGUCCAGCCUUCCAAGACCAGCAGUUACGGACGACGAGCCAACCGCCUCCAGCCCGAGGGUCCAGAGGAUCCGAAUCACCACCCUCUUACCACUGGCUCUCAACACAGCUCCUCGCCGGAGCCCACCGAGGAAGACAUAGAGAAGAAUCCAGAGCUGAAGAAGCUGCAGAUCUAUGGAGCUGGACCAAAAAUGAUGGGACUCGGUCUGGUGGCUCGGGACAAGGCUAGGAAGAAAGAUGAACUCCCCCAGACUGUAAUAGUUAAGGACAACAGCAGCAUUAAAGAAGAAUCUGGAGAGACAUUAAUCACAAAGUCAGAGCCGGACAUUCCUCCACCACCUCCAAACCUCAUCGUUAAAGAUGAGGUGAAGAAAAAGGAAGAGGAUGAAGGCCGUGCCGUUGACUCAAAGGAUCCUAUUAAAGAUGAACCUUGCACCAAGAUGACCAUGAGGCUGAGACGCAACCUCAGCAGCGCACAGUUUGUGGACUCGUUUGUGUGUCGUAUGUGCGGCCGCGGGGAUGAGGACGAGAAGCUGCUGCUAUGUGAUGGUUGCGAUGAUAAUUACCACACUUUCUGCCUUCUCCCUCCCCUCGCAGACCCCCCCAAGGGAAACUGGCGUUGUCCCAAAUGUGUUGCAGAGGAAUGUAAGAAACCCACAGAAGCGUUUGGUUUCGAGCAGGCUACUCGAGAAUACACGUUACAGAGUUUCGGUGAGAUGGCUGACACGUUCAAGGCUGAUUACUUCAACAUGCCUGUCCACAUGGUCCCAACAGAGCUGGUUGAGAAGGAGUUUUGGCGAUUGGUUAGCAGUAUUGAAGAGGAUGUGACUGUCGAAUAUGGUGCUGACAUUCACUCAAAAGAGUUUGGCAGUGGUUUUCCUGUCAACAAUGGCAAGAGACAUUUAACCGAAGAAGAGGAGGCAUACGCACGCAGCGGCUGGAACUUGAAUGUGAUGCCAGUGUUGGAGCAGUCAGUAUUGUGUCAUAUCAAUGCCGACAUCUCUGGCAUGAAGGUGCCGUGGCUGUACGUGGGCAUGGUAUUUUCUGCCUUCUGUUGGCACAUAGAGGACCACUGGAGUUACUCCAUCAACUACUUACACUGGGGGGAGCCCAAGACGUGGUACGGUGUUCCUUCAGUAGCAGCAGAGAAGCUGGAGGAAGUGAUGAAGAAGCUCACACCUGAACUCUUUGAGUUCCAGCCAGAUCUGCUCCAUCAACUCGUCACAAUCAUGAACCCUAAUAUACUCAUGUCCCAUGGAGUGCCGGUUGUGCGUACGAAUCAGUGUGCUGGAGAGUUUGUCAUCACAUUCCCUCGAGCCUAUCAUAGUGGCUUCAAUCAGGGAUAUAAUUUUGCUGAAGCCGUCAAUUUCUGCACUGCAGAUUGGCUGCCCACAGGGCGGUCAUGUAUUGAGCAUUACAGACACCUCAGACGUUACUGCGUGUUUUCUCAUGAGGAGCUCACCUGUAAAAUGGCCGCCUGCCCGGAGAAGCUGGACCUGAACCUGGCUGCAGCCACUCACAGAGAAAUGUUUAUUAUUGUUCAAGAGGAGAGGAAACUCCGCAAGGCCCUGCUGGAGAAGGGUAUAACAGAGGCGGAGCGAGAGGCCUUUGAGUUGUUGCCUGAUGAUGAGAGGCAGUGUGAUAAGUGCAAGACCACCUGCUUCCUGUCUGCCCUGGCUUGCACCAACUGCCCUGAGCGCCUUGUCUGCCUCCACCACACACAAGACCUCUGCUCCUGCCCCAUAGACAAACUCUACCUCAGGUAUCGCUACACUCUAGAUGAGCUGUUGGCCAUGUUGUACCGGUUAAAAGUUCGGGCUGAGUCCUUUGACUCUUGGGCUAACAGAGUGAAAGAAGCCCUAGAGCAGGAGGAGGGCAACAAAAUAGAUAUUAAAAAUCUGGUGGCACUGAAGGACGAAGCGGUAGAACGUAAAUUUCCAGACAACGAGCUGCUCCAAAGGCUCACAGUUGUAAUGGAUGAUAUCCAGAGGUGCCAGAGCAGGAGCACAGAGCUUCUUAAUGGAACCCAGUGCAGUAAGAUGAGCCUCCAGGAGCUCCAGGCGCUGGUGGACACCAUGCAAAACCUUCCUUGUGUAAUGGAGCAGCUUGGGGAGGUGCAGGUUGUGCUACAGAAGGUGGAGGCGUUUGAGUCACGUGCCCAGGCUGUAGUGAGCCAAAGUGUUGGGGAGUGGAAACAGUCUUUGGUUCCCUCAGAAGAGGACGUGCAGGCUCUGUUAGAGGAAGGUUCUGCACUCCCAGCUGUGGCUCCAGCCUGUGGGCUACUGUCUGGCCUUCAGGAACAGAGACGCUGGCUGGAGCAAGUGCGCAGGACAAUUGGGCCUGGCGGCGGAGAGGUGACUUUGACCGUUCUGAGAAAUUUGAUGGAGGCCGGCUGCAACGUGCUGCAGAGCGUCAGCGUUGAGACUGCCAUGGCAGAACUGCAGGAGUUGCUGACCAUCGCAGAGCGCUGGGAAGAGAAGGCCCAGAUUUGCCUUGAAGACCGGCAGAAGCAUCCUCUCUCCACAUUGGAGGCCAUAGUGAAUGAGGCCCAACUCAUUCCUGUGCAGCUGCCUAACAUCUUGGCCCUCCAAGCCUGUCUGAGUCGAGCCCGGGCCUGGGUCACUGACCUAGAGGAGAUCCAGCAGAAUGGAGAGCACUAUCCAUGUCUGGAUGACCUGGAGGGUCUGGUGGCAAUUGGUCGAGACCUUCCUGUCCGGAUGGAGGAGUUACGGCAACUCGAGCUGCAGGUGGCCAGUGCUCACUCCUGGAGGGAAAAGGCCAGCAAGACCUUCCUGAAGAAAAACAGCCAGCACAGCCUGCUGGAGGUUUUAUGUCCUUGUGUGGAGAAGAGGAAGAAGAAGGAGGAAGACUCUCUGAGCUCAGAAGCUGACACUGAUGUUGACGUGUUGGGUCUCACUGCUCAGGACCUCAGAGAUCCAGGAGCCAUUGUAAUGGCAUUCAAGGUGGGAGAGCAGCAUGAGAAAGGGGCUCUGCUGUGUAUGCGAAAGCUGAACAUGGCCAAGCCCGGUCUGGAGAACACACCCAAGGAGGGACAAACUACAGACUUCAAACAAGAGCUUAGGUGGAAUGAAUCAAUGAACACAGACACACCACUGUCCUCAGAAAACAGCUCACAGCAGAACGGUGGCUCCACACACUCCUACGCCGUCAGUCAGUCUGUAUGUGUGUGCGGUGACCAGACCCACACUCUGCUUCACCGCUGUCAUCUGUGCAGAGACUGGUUCCACGGAGGCUGUGUGCCCUUCCCUUCUGUACUGGGCCCUACUGACGUGCCACUUGUAAACCCACUCUGUUGGUGGGACUGGGACACACGCUUCCUGUGCCCACGGUGCCAGAGAACACGGCGUCCACGGCUAGAAACCAUUCUGGCAUUGUUAGUGGCGUUACAGAAGCUGCCUGUGAGACUGCCAGAGGGUGAGGCCCUCCAGUGUCUUACAGAGAGAGCUAUUAACUGGCAGGGCCGAGCCAAACAAGCCCUGGAUUCCAGUGAGCUGCAGGGGGCACUGCAGAGGCUGCAGGAACUAAAGGAAACACAGGCCAGGAACAUUGAGGUGCAGAAGGAUGAAAAGAAAAGGAAUUCUGGGGAUGUGAUUGUACUCUCGGACUCUGAGGAGCCAGAGGAUAGUGUAAUUGAUCUAACUGAGGAGCGUGAAAUGGCAAAAAACAACAGAGAGAAAGCAUCUAAUGGAAUACUGUCUGGCUGUGAAAAUGGCGUUAAGAAGCCAGACACUGAGAACGUAACAGGGGUGGAGUCUCUGGUGCCAUUGAUUCCGUAUCUUAAAGGGCCAGUAAUCGAUCUGGCCACUGCAACUAGAGCUCAGUUAGAGGAGCUGCAGCUAGAAGGCGAUCUGCUGGAGGUUACUCUGGACCAGACGCACACCAUCUACCGACUUCUGCAAGCAGCCUCUCCACCACCACGCCAGACUCUACACACACUUAUACAGAUUGAGUUACAGGAGCAGAAGCGCUCAGGUCGUAGCAGCAGGACAAGGGACUCCAAAAGGAAGAGGAAAAGUCAAAGAUCCGAAGGAGGAGUAAAGUCAGCAGAGGCCUCAGACUCAAAGAAGACACGACCUGUUAUCCACACACCUGUACAGCAACAAGAGGAGGUCUUGUGAUGUUGCAAUAGGAACAUGUGAAGGAGAACACGGCAGAGAAAGUGACCCACAGAGUAACUUUUCUUAAAUUGCUCUGGGCCAAAAACACCCAACCAGACAGUAGAGGAGAUGUCAUGGAUGUUCUAAUAAGCUCACAAAUUGCUCCUUUCUUUUUCCUGUUUGCACACACUCCCUCUCGUUGGUGCCAGUUUUUGAGCACUGCACUUCCUCCGUGCUUCAGGAUGGCUUUGGUAUCAUGUCUGUCCUCUUUCACUCCGACUUCUCGUUCCUCCAUUGUGUCGUGUGCCGAUUUGUUCCCAUUGACUCCGCUCACCCUAUGUCUGCUGCUUUACACUGGCUAUUAGUGAAACAUCGCACUCAAACCCUGUACCAUACUGUACUGAACUCCCUAAACACCAAUUUGCUCUCUUACAUAAUGUGACAUAGUUCAGCUACACACACACACAAUGGUUUGGAAGCGAUGGACAAGGAAACGGGCACGUGGCCCAGAUGCCAUGAACAUGACUUGUAUUUUUUAUGUACCGAGUCUCGUGUUUUGUUGAGGCUGUCAAGAGACUCUUCAUUUUGAAUGAACUAGUCAAAUAAUUUGGGGAAGUGAAGGGGGGGCAAAAUGGCAUUUGAGUUUUGGUGCUACUUUCCCAAAAUAGGUCACUGUACAUUACUAUGUUUCUGUCUACUGACUUUUAUUUGAAUUAUUAUAUUUCUCCAUAUUCCCUUUUUUUAUAUAUAUAUAUAUAAAUAAAUACCUGUUGCGACUUUUACUUUUCUCUCUCUCUUUCUUCCGCUUUCAUUUUGUUUCUUUUGCUGUCAUCCUCGAGUCCAAGGAACUGUACAAACACCUCACUGUAACUCACUUUUUUUGUUCUGGGUUCUAAUAAAUACCUUUUAUUAUUAUUAUUAGUACUAUUAUUAUUAUUAUUAUUAUUAUUAUUGUAUUGCAAACAAGUGAGUUUGUGUAUAAACAUUUUCAUUUCAAUGUUGCCUUUGUUUCUUUUCACUUUUGUUAAAGAAUAAAAGUUUAGAAUUGUUUUA